GGAUGCGUCACAGUUUACAUCCGAUGAAAUAUCGGGCUCAUUGUUCUAUCUGUGUGUAUAAUCUGUGUAUCUACGCUACAACAUGACCUAUAGUGUACGUCGUUGCGUCGUGCGUAGCGGGUGGGACAACGCUCGUGCACUGCAUUGUUGUGGGGGGAGAGCUCGAGCUUGCAGUUGCAGCCUCGAAAUGGUUCCAGGCUAUAGGGAAGAAGCCAAUUCAGAUCCUUGAGAAAAUGCUUUUAUGCUCAUGAUAUAACCCAGUUUAGUAUUUAACAAGACCCAGAGGGCUCCCAACUGCAUUCUUCUCCUUUAUUACUGAAAACGCCUAAACAUCUCCCGCUGGAUGAGAACAUUGUGUACGGAAUUACAGCCACUGAGCAGGCCACAUCGCCAUUGCUUUCAAAGGCUGUUGACAAGCUACUAUCUACAACCAGCAAAGCUGUUUCUAGUUCUAAGCUGUUCAGGUGUCGAGGAUGAGGAAGAAGGCUCGGCACCACAGGGUCCCCGAGCCCCAGCGGCCGCCCUCCCCCAUCCAGCCGUCCCCCAACAAACAGACUCUGACCUAUGCCCAGGCCCAGCGCAUGGUGGACAUGGAGAUUGAUGGCCGGAUGCACCGGAUCAGCAUCUACGACAAGCUGGACGUGAUCUCGGAUGAUGACCCUACGGCUCAGGAGAUUAUGGAGUGCACCAGCAACAAGGAGAACAUGGAGAAGCCUCAGCAGACGCCAAUGCGCUCCGUCCGGUUAAAAAACAACCAGGAGAAGAGAAGUGCAGCUGCGGUCGCACAGAACCACACAACACGUGGAGCUGCAGCAGCACCAGUACAGACACUUCCAGAGGCCAAGGUCCGGACGGUGGAGUAUAACCUACCAGCGGUCCCCAGGAGGCCCCCAGUGUACUAUACGUAUGUGGAGAAGACGUCAGAGGAGUUGGAUGAGGAGGUGGAGUAUGAUAUGGAUGAGGAGGACUACGCCUGGCUGGAAGUAGUUAACGACAAGAGGAGGAGUGAGGGCGUCAGUCAGGUGUCCCACAACGUUUUUGAGUUCCUGGUGGACCGCUUUGAGAAAGAGACACAGAUGGAGAAGGUGAGCCAGGGCCAGGACAAGCUGACCAUAGACGAGGACGCUGUCUGCUGCAUCUGCAUGGAUGGAGACGGCCAGGACAGCAACGUCAUCCUCUUCUGUGACAUGUGCAACUUGGCCGUGCACCAAGAGUGUUACGGUGUUCCUUACAUCCCAGAGGGACAGUGGCUGUGCCGGCACUGCCUCCAGUCGCCCACCCAGCCUGCAGGCUGCAUACUGUGCCCUAACAAAGGCGGCGCAGUGAAGAAGACUGACGAUGACCGCUGGGGUCAUGUGGUGUGCGCCCUGUGGGUGCCGGAGGUAGGGUUUUCCAACACUGUCUUCAUCGAGCCCAUCGAUGGAGUCAGCAACAUACCGUCCGCUCGCUGGAAGCUCACCUGCUACCUCUGUAAGGAGAAGGGGGUGGGGGCCUGUAUCCAGUGUCACAAGGCUAACUGCUACACAGCCUUCCACGUCAGCUGUGCUCAGAAAGCAGGACUCUUUAUGAAGAUGGAACCAAUCAAGGAGUUUACAGAGACCGGCAAACCAACGUUUUCGGUGAAGAAGACUGCUUACUGUGGGGCUCACACCCCCAACAGCUCGGUCAGACGACCUCUCACCAUCUACGAGGACGCCAAACCCCAAAAUGGAUUGUGUUCCCCUCUGAAAGGGGAGAAGAUGAGGGGCGCCAAUGCACUGACGAAGGGCAGGAAGAGGAAGAGCAAGAAGGUGGAGCCAGAGGAAGAGGUCCCACUCGUGGCCGUGCCUAGCUUUCCUCCCCAAAGGUUAAACACCAUCCUCAACCGGGUGUCUAUGCAGAAAAAGAAGGUGUUUGUGGAGCUGGCUCUAAACUACUGGACUCUAAAGAGACAGGCGAGGAACGGAGUACCCCUCAUCAGACGACUACAGUCCAGCCAACAGUCCCAUCAGAAGACCCAUGCUGCACAGCCGAAGGAGAGUGAGGAGGAGAGCCGGGCUCUGAAGGAGCAGCUCAAGGAGUGGCAUUGUCUAAGACAUGACCUGGAGAGAGCCAGGCUAUUGCUGGAGCUCAUACGCAAGAGGGAGAAACUCAAGAGAGAAGAGAUGAAGCUGCAGCAGAGCCUGUUAGAGGUCCAGCUGACUCCCUUCAGUAUCCUGCUCAGGUCUGUGCUGGAACAGCUACAAGAGAGAGACCAGUCCUUGAUCUUUGCCCAGCCUGUCGACAUCAAAGAGGUGCCUGACUACCUUGACCACAUCAAGAACCCCAUGGAUUUCUCCACUAUGAGGAAACGCAUUGACGACCAGGCCUACAGCAACCUGGAUGACUUUGAGUCUGACUUCAAUCUCAUCAUCUUCAACUGCAUGAAGUACAACUGUAAGGAUACCUUCUUCCACCGGGCGGCCGCCCGUCUCCGAGACCAAGGUGGGGCUUUGAUCAGGAAGACGCGGAGGGAUGUGGAACGAAUCGGCUUCGAGAAGGACAGCGGGAUGCACCUGCCCGAACCGCCCAAGAUCGAAGCGUCUCCACCGUUUUCCUGGGAGGACGUGGACCAGUUAUUGGUCCCAGCCAACCGGCAGCACAUGCCUCUGGAGGAGCAACUGAAAGAGCUGCUGGAGAAACUGGACCUGACAUUCUCCAUGAAGUCCAGCCCGUCACGCUCCAAACGCCUCAAGCUGCUCAAGAAGACCAUCAACGACGUGCGCAGCGAGAUGAGCUUCGGCCUGAGGAGGGCGUCCCACCACUCCCAUUCGCAUUGUUCUUCCUCCCAGCCAGAAAGGAGUAAAGCUGGGGAGGCAGAGGGUGUGAAGACCAAUGGACAGAGUCCUGAUAAUGAGGGGGACAAAUCAUUACCUCCCAAAUUGGAACCCUCUGACUCCCUAACUCCUCUCCUGCACUUCGAGAGUAACUUAGAACCACCUACCCUCAAACCCAUCCACACCCCGGACAGCAAGACCCACGGACAGGUCGAAUUUGACCGGGAGAAACCCAACAACGCUUCUUCCACCACUACCCUUCUCAAUGGCCACUCCGACUCCCAGAACCCCCUGCUUCUUUCAAAGGGGGACGUGAGUGUGGUGGCCACCUCCACCCUGGCCCAACCCUCGGGGACGACUGUCAACCGCCGCACUGCCAUGCUCUUCAGGAAGUCCAAGACCUCUAGCCCUGGGAAGAACCCGGGGGGGAGAGGAGGCGACGAAGCCCAGACAGGGUGCCCUCAGCUGGGCACCAAGACCUUCCUGUCGGUAAUGAUCCCCAGGCUGGAGACCCUCCUCCACCCAAGGACUAGGAAGAGGAGCCACAGUCCACGUGGGGUGUACAGUGAGGGGGGUGGAGACAGGGAGGACGAGUCCCCUGUCAAACACAUUAACACAGGCCUGUCUAAUGGUUUUGCGAUGGAGGAGGUAAUUGAUGAAGAGAAGGAGCUAAGUGACAGCAGGCCUCUAGAAACCAGGAGACGGUGUGCCUCUGAGUCCAGCAUCUCAUCUAGUGGUAGUCUGCUGGGCAGCACCAGCAGCACCCUCAGUCUUCCAGCAUGUGGUAAAGGCAAACCGGCCCUGGUCCGAAGAAACACUGUGGAUGAUAAGAACGACCUCAUUGCCUGUAUAGAAACCGGGAACUUUGCCAGAGCUGCUAGGAUUGCCGCCGAAGUUGGCAAUAGCAAUAUUUGGAUGCCUGCUAGUGCUGCAACAGUUGUUCUGGAACCUCUAAAGCUAGUUUGGGCAAAAUGUAGCGGAUACCCUUCCUAUCCUGCCUUGAUCGUCGACCCCCACAUGCCCCGGGUGGGGUGCCAGCACAACGGGGUGUCUAUCCCUAUGCCCCCCCUUGACGUCCUCCGGGUCGGAGAACGGAUGCAGUACAAGAACGAAGAAAAACUCUUCCUCGUUCUUUUCUUUGACAACAAACGCAGCUGGCAAUGGCUUCCUAAGUCUAAGAUGGUCCCACUGGGGAUUGACAAGACUAUCGACAAGAUCAAGAUGAUGGAGGGCAGAACGUCCAGCAUCCGUAAGGCUGUUCAGACGGCCUUCAAACGUGCCAUGAACCAUCUUAGCAUCGUUCAGGAUGAACCUGUCAGUGACAUGAGUGACGUGGACUAACACACACACACACACACACACACACACACACACUCCAUUACACACAGACACCCAACCCCCUGAAUUACUGCUCAUGGCCUUGUCCUGUACCGGAGUCUGGCAUACUCUCCUUCUCCUCUUCGUCAGUCUUUCCAGAGUUCUAUGCUGACUGUGUUUACCAGGUGCCUGGCUACCCCCUUGGCUUGAUAUGGUGCCUCCUUCCUCGUCAGCCCCCGCCCGCUGGUCUGACGGCUGCUGCUUUAAUGAAUGUGCCCGAGUUCCCCUCCUAUCAACCUUUCUCCAAGGUCGUGUUCUAAUUGAAAACUAAUUGAAACAGGGUGGGUUUAAUGGACUUGCCCAAAAAGAAACGCUCAUUUCCGUUUUCUUUCAAAACAGUUUUGAUAUGUUUCCUGUUGUGUUCCAUAAGGAACAUGACCCCAUGACUGUGCUGCAAGACUGCUGCCAUGAUCCUCCUCUAUUCCCUAUGACCAUGCCACUGCCAAGAUGGGCUGCUUCUUCCUCACCUCACUCAUCUAACCUUAUGCCAUUUAUUUCCACCCAAAACUACCUACUAUGUUUUAAAGUUAACUGUAAAUAACUGCAAUAUUUGUCUGACACACUAACUUAUUGUGUAGAUUGAAAGAAAUUGGUACUGUACAAUGGCUUUUCUUACUAGUAUUUAUACUUUUUGUUGAAUUAUGUAAGCACUACGGUGUGGUAUUUCCAAGUUCUGUGAAAAUAAGACGAGUGUAAAAAUCCUUAGCAGUGAAAUGUUUUUUCCCCCUUUUUUUUCCUUUUACAUUUUUUGUAUUUUCUUUAAGUUAUUGAAGUUUCUAAAUAUAAGCUUCCCUUUCGCAUUAGUUAUUUUGUAAUAUUUUUUUUAACGAUAGUUUUAGUAUAUUUUGUUCGUACAUAUUUAUAUGAUUGAGUGCCUUCGGAAAGUAUUCAGACCCCUUGACUUUUUGUGAGGUUACAGCCUUAUUCUAAACUGUAUUAAAUUGUUUUUUCCCCCACCUCAUCUACACACAAUACUCCAUAAUGACAAGGCAAAAACAGGUUUUGAUAAAUGUUUGCUAAUUUAUAAAAAAUAAAAACUGAUAUCA